UCCCGUUCCCAGCCGGCAGCGCCGGGACCGGACCGCUGCGGUGGCCGCGCCGCGGGCACGAUGUGGAGCCGUGUCGGUGUCCGUGUGUGGGGCGGCGCGGCCGGGGGCUCCCGCGGGCUCGCGGUGCGGCUCCUGGCCGGGCCAGCCAGCGGCCGGGAGGCGGCGGCGGUAGCGCGGCAGCAGCGGAGCCCUUGCAGCAAAACACAGAAACUCUUCAGCACAAGCAGCGUGCUUUCUGCUGAGAAAGAUAAACCUACCUCUUCCAAAGACAGCACCACUGAAGAGGCAUCAAAGAGUGAGGGGGGUGCAGCAAUAACACCAAAGAAGAAGCUGUUAGACAUUAUUGGUAACAUGAAGGUAGAAGUGAGCUACAGGAGGAAACUCCAGCAGUUAAAAGCGCGCGAGAUGAGAAAGCAAGCCAUAAACAAGCUGGGAAGCCCAGACAGCGAAGAUGCUGUACUUCAGAGGACUAGAGAAGGGAUGCAACGAGGCAAGCCUUUAAAUCCAGAACUGGUGGAGGCUGCUUCUGCAGUUGCUUCUUCCCUACCACUCAACAAGAAGCAGACAGAAUCAGAACUACUUGCACAACUAAGACGACACGAAGAAACCACAGAUAAACAGAAAAAGGGGGGAAUUGUUGACAUACGCAACGUUAUUUCAGAAAUGGCAGUUAAAAGGCAGUCCCCAGCUCAGAGAGGUGUGAGGAUACCUAGUCGCAUUUCCUUGGACUUUGAUGAGGAUGGUCAAAGAAUGAAGCCUGGAAGAUUUUCAUCUCAGUCUUCUGACUCAAGAAGAAGUCUCAAAAUAGGAAAGAGGCUUAAUAUAUUCACUAAGGCUUCUACAGAAACACAAAAUGCACUGCAAACAGUGUCUUCACCAACUAUCUGGGAUGUGGAGUUUGCGAAGGAGGUUGCAGCAGUAACUGCGCAGCCUCCCCGAAACGGUUUUGAGGAGAUGAUUCAGUGGACAAAAGAUGGACUACUGUGGGAGUACCCAGUUGACAAUGAAGCUGGGAUGGAGGAUGAUGCUGAAUUUCAUGAACAUAUCUUUCUGGAGAAACACCUCAAAGACUUUCCCAAGCAAGGACCUAUUCGCCACUUCAUGGAACUAGUCAUCUGUGGGCUUUCGAAAAACCCACACCUCAGUGUUAAACAGAAGAUUGAACAUAUUGAGUGGUUUCACAAGUAUUUUGAGGAAAAGAAGGAAUUUCUUAAAGACAUUUGAGACUUGGGAAAGCCUUUAACCUUGAAGUAAAGAAUCGUUACAUCAAAACUGAUGAUUUCUUAUAAUGGAAAUACUGUCAGUGCAGAGUAAUCAUGUGACCUGAAAGCUGUAUUUUAAAUAAUAAAGUGAAAGGUCAUGCUUUCA